AUGGCAAGCUCUCCAUCAUCAACUUCUUUGCAGUAUCAGUUCAGGUCUAUCAGCUUGCCUUCUAGAUUACAUCCUCAUAAUUCCAGAAUUGAUGUUGAACUAAACAAGCUAAAGACCUGGCAAAGUUCAUUAGUUUCGUCCAUGGUUCUAACGAGUGGAGAGACUAUUAGAACUGGAUUGGUAGGGCUCGCGGGUUUGUACAGUUGCGUCGAAGAACUUAUCCCCUCCCCUAUCGCCCAAGCAGCCCUCGUCCAACAUCGAAAUGGAGUGCUAGUGGAAGAAGCUCUCGAGGGGUCCAUCGGCUUUCUUGAUUCGUGCAAUGUGGCACGAGACUUGUUGUUGACGAUGAAGCAAAAUGUGCAAGACCUGCAGUCAGUUUUGAGAAGAAAGGGUGGAGAUUCGAGCAUCGACGGGAAUAUUACUGCUUACAAAUCCUCCCAAAAGGAAGUAAAGAAGGAAUCCGCGAAAUGCAUUAGAGCAUUGAAGAAAAUGGAAAAACAAAACGAUUUGUGUUCUAUCUUCGUUGUGAACUACCACUUAUCAGAUGUGAUUAGAGUGUUGAGAGAGGUUCGUAUUGUUACGAUCACUGUCCUCCGAUUUUUCUUCUUGUUCUUGUCUAUGGUUGAUUCGAGGCCAAGGCCAUCCGGAUGGCCAUUGAUCAAGAUGUUAGUGGUUACAAGGACAAAGGGGCUCAAGAGUCUCAAUCAAAUUGGGAGUGUUGAUGCUGCUUUGCAAUCGUUGCACGGAUGCGUUCGAAACAACGAUCCGAAUUCCAAUGUGCAAAUAACAAGAAGAAGAUUAGAAGCACUUGGGGAUAGCAUGGAAGGACUUGAAACCGGAUUAGAUUGCCUCUACAGGCAACUGGUCCGGAAUCGAGUUUCCCUUCUUAACAUCUUAGCUCAAUAG